GUCACUUCCGGUGUUACCUGUGUCGUUACUGGGACCCAUAAACAAGGUGUGCGAGCAUCUAGAGAGCUGUCGGGAUGCAGCAGAGCGGAGCGGCUGGAGGCCGUGGCCGCGCUCUCUUCCCACUGCUGAGCGUCCUGUUCUUUCAGGGUGUCUAUAUCGUCCUUUCCUUGGAGAUUAAAGCAGAUGCCCAUGUCCGAGGUUACGUUGGAGAAAAGAUCAAGUUGAAGUGUACCUUCAAGUCGACUUCAGCUGUCACUGACAAGCUUACCAUAGACUGGACGUACCGCGCUCCCAGCAGCAGUCGCACGGAAUCAAUUUUUCAUUACCAGUCUUUCCAGUACCCAAGCACAGCUGGCACAUUUCGGGAUCGGAUUUCCUGGGUUGGAAAUGUAUACAAAGGGGAUGCAUCUAUAAGCAUAAGCAACCCUACCAUAAAGGACAAUGGGACAUUCAGCUGUGCUGUGAAGAAUCCCCCAGAUGUGCACCACAAUAUUCCCAUGACAGAGCUAACAGUCACAGAAAGGGGUUUUGGCACCAUGCUCUCCUCUGUGGCCCUCCUUUCCAUCCUCGUCUUUGUGCCCUCAGCAGUGGUGGUGGUUCUGCUGCUGGUGAGAAUGGGGCGGAAGGCCGCCAGGCUCAAGAAGAGGAGCAAGUCUGGCUAUAAGAAGUCGUCUAUUGAGGUUUCAGAUGACACUGACCAGGAGGAAGAAGAUGCGUGCAUGGGAAGGCUUUGUGUCCGUUGUGCUGAGUGCCUGGAUUCAGACUAUGAAGAGACAUAUUGAUGAAAGUCUGCAUGAUAUAAGAAGAAUCACAUAACAACAGAAAACAGCCCAUUCCAUUGGCAGCCAAAGCCUGUCAGAGAAGUAAAGCUGGCCUGGACAGCAGUGAUGGAGGAUCCUGGAGGUCAUCAGUAAAGACUUUAGGAACCUUUUUUU